UUUGUGUCCCUUAGUGCGCAUGCGCCACUCGCCGGCCCUCAGCAGUGGCGGCGGCGAAGAAGGAGUUUGGGAGUUCAAAAUGGCUGCCCCGACGUUGGUGGAGUUGGCAAUGCGGGGACACGGAAUUGAAGAAGCUGAUAUAUCUGAACGAAGUGCAAAUGAAGAAAAUGGAGAUAUUUCAGAAGGAGACCAACCACAAAUUAAACAUAGUCGACAUAAAAAGAAGAAACACAAACAUCGAGGCAAACAUAAGAAACACAAACAUUCUUCAGAAGAAGAUAAGGACAAAAAGCAUAAACAUAGGCACAAACAUAAGAAACAUAAACGAAAGGAGAUUGCUGAUAUCUCUGAUAAAGAAGAUGGCCCAGCAAAAAGAACUAAAAUUGACUUCUUAGCUCCUCUAGAAGAUUUAGAGAAACAAAGAGCAUUAUUAAAAGCUGAACUUGAAAAUGAGCUAAUGGAAGGAAAGGUUCAAUCUGGGAUGGGAUUAAUAUUACAAGGAUAUGAGUCAGGUUCAGAAGAAGAAGGAGAAAUCAAUGAUAAGGCGAGAAAUGGAACUAGAUCUGCAAAUAAAUCAAAUGUUAAGGGAAAGCUUGAGAUUGUAGACAAUAAAAGUUCAAAGAAACGCAGUAAGAGCAGAUCAAAAGAACGGACUCGACACAAGUCUGAUAAAAAGAAAAGCAAGUCAGGAGUUGAUGGCAUAAAAGAGAAAGCUACUAGAAGUAAAUCAAAAGAAAGAAAAAAAUCUAAAAGCCCAUCUAAAAGAAUAAAGUCUCAAGAUCAAAUAGGAAAGUCAAAAUCUCCAACCCUUAAAAGGCGCUCUCAAGAAAAAAAUAGGAAGUCACGGUCUCCUCCUGAAGAUAAAACUAAAGCAGAAGAUAAGAUCAAAUCAAGAGAUCGUAAAAAAUCUCCGGUUAUUAAUGAAAAUAAAAUUAGAGAUCGUAGCAAAAGAUCCAAAUCUCCAAUAGAACAAAGAAGCAAAUCCAAAGAUAGACAAUCAAGAUCGAAAGAUCGAAAAUCCAGGAGAUCUGAGACUGAAAAAGAAAAGAAGCUCAUCAAAUCACCUUCAAAAGAUAUGUCAUCAGGUAAAGAAAACAGGUCUCCUAGUAAAAGACCUGGUCGUAGUCCUAAAGGAAGAAGUUUAUCCCCAAAACCACGAGAUAAACUAAGACGCAGCAGAUCACCCCUGCUUAAUGAUCGCAGAUCUAAACAGAGUAAAUCACCAUCUCGAAAUCGGUCUCCUGGUAGGAGAGCAAAGAGCAGAUCAGCAGAUAGAAAAAGAAGAGAAUCGGAAAGGAGACGUUUUUCUUCUCCCAGAACACGAACUAGAGAUGACAUCCUCUCAAGAAGGGAGCGAUCAAAAGAUGCCAGUCCACCUAGAUGGUCUCCUUCAAGAAGAAGAUCCAGGUCUCCACUUCGACGAAGAUCUCGCUCUCCACUUCGACGUAGCCGGUCUCCAAGAAGGAGAAGUAGAUCUCCUCGGAGGAGAGACAGGGGUAGACGUAGUAGAUCUCGUUUGAGAAGGCGAUCCAGAUCACGAGGUGGCCGUAGACGACGGAGCAGGAGCAAAAUAGAAGAUAAAUUUAAGGGAAGCCUUUCGGAAGGAAUGAAGAUUGAGCAAGAAUCUUCAUCUGAUGAAAACCUUGAAGACUUCGAUGUUGAAGAAGAAGAUGAGGAAGCUCUAAUAGAGCAAAGAAGAUUACAGAGGCAAGCAAUUGUGCAGAAAUACAAGUACUUAACAGAGGAUAGUAACAUGUCAGUGCCAUCUGAACCAAGCAGCCCUCAAAGCAGUACUCGCAGUCGUUCCAACUCACCAGAAGGCAUUCUUGAACGGGUAGCAGCUGAUGUUAAAGAGUAUGAGCGAGAAAAUGUGGAUACUUUUGAAGCCUCAGUGAAGGCAAAACACAACCUCAUGGCAGUUGAACAAAAUAAUGGUUCAUCUCAGAAGAAAAUCACAGCUCCUGAUAUGUUUACAGAAUCAGAUGAUAUGUUUGCUGCAUAUUUUGAUAGUGCACGUCUUAGAGCCGCUGGCUUUGGAAAAGACUUCAAAGAAAAUCCAAAUCUCAGGGAUAAUUGGACUGAUGCUGAAGGAUAUUACCGUGUUAACAUAGGUGAAGUGCUAGAUAAACGUUACAAUGUGUACGGUUACACUGGCCAAGGAGUUUUCAGUAAUGUGGUUAGAGCCAGAGAUAUGGCGAGAGCAAACCAAGAAGUGGCUGUGAAGAUCAUUAGAAACAAUGAACUUAUGCAAAAAACUGGUUUAAAAGAACUGGAAUUCUUGAAGAAGCUCAAUGAUGCAGACCCUGAUGACAAAUUUCAUUGUCUACGUUUGUUUCGACAUUUUUACCAUAAGCAGCACCUUUGUCUAGUAUUUGAACCUCUGAGUAUGAAUUUACGAGAAGUUCUAAAGAAAUAUGGAAAAGAUGUUGGUCUCCAUAUAAAGGCUGUGCGAUCCUAUAGUCAGCAGUUAUUCCUGGCCUUGAAACUUCUGAAAAGAUGCAACAUUUUACAUGCUGAUAUCAAACCAGAUAACAUUUUGGUGAAUGAAUCAAAAACCAUUUUAAAACUUUGUGACUUUGGAUCAGCUUCACAUGUUGCUGACAAUGAUAUCACACCGUAUCUUGUUAGUCGAUUUUACCGUGCUCCUGAAAUUAUUAUAGGCAAAAUCUAUGACUACGGUAUAGAUAUGUGGUCUGUAGGCUGUACAUUGUAUGAACUUUACACUGGGAAAAUAUUAUUUGCUGGGAAAACCAAUAAUCAUAUGUUGAAACUUGCUAUGGACCUCAAAGGAAAGAUGCCAAACAAGAUGAUCCGAAAAGGAGUGUUCAAAGAUCAGCACUUCGAUCAAAACCUCAACUUUAUGUACAUAGAGGUAGAUAAAGUAACAGAAAGGGAAAAAGUGACUGUGAUGAGCACCAUUAAUCCAACAAAGGACCUGCUUGCAGAUUUAAUUGGGUGCCAACGCCUCCCCGAAGAUCAGCGCAAAAAGGUUCACCAGUUGAAGGACUUGUUGGACCAGAUCCUCAUGUUAGACCCAGCUAAACGGAUUAGUAUCAACCAGGCCCUACAGCAUGCCUUCAUCCAGGAGAAAAUUUAAAUCCAGUGAAGAUAUUCAAAGGGUUUGAAUAGUUAAUAUACAAAGACUGAUGAAGUUUCACUGCAAUUUAUAAAUGUACAUAUAACAUAUAAAUAAUUCCCCUGCAAAAUUGAGGAAGAAUGAUAUAUUUCAAUUAACACAAAGGUGGAUUAUUUCUUUUAGAAAUGUUAGAGUAAAUCUGUUUGUCUCAUGUGAAGAUUUUUUCACUGUAGAAUUAUUUUAAUUGCCAAGACUGCACAGGAGUACAGUGCUAAAAUAUAUGGUUGCAGUUCCUCUGAAAUAAUACAUACACACAUCCGCACAUGGACUAUAUAUAUAUAAAAAAAUCUGUGAUGAAAUAUCAGUAAGACUGGGUGGUUGAUUUUGGUUUUUAGCAAAUUUGGCUUCAUUUUUGUCUCUGAAAAAUGGCCAGCAUAAAUGCUGUUUAUAUUACAUUUUCCUAGGUGUGUGCGUGCAGGCCACAGCAGCAUGCCCUUGGUGUAGUCAGUGCCGAAAGGGGUCUGUUCCUUCUUGAGCCUGCCCACAGGGAUGGUCUCCUCUUUUAAAGCAGGUUGCGUACAACUUUCAGUACACUGAAGGUAAGCUAAACCAUCAACAUCACUGGUGUUUAAGAUGUUAAUUGUACUGGAUCAACUGACAAACGAGAAUCGGUCACUCUGUAGCAGAAUUCCCUGCAUGUUUUAUAAAGGAGAUAUACCUAUAUAUAAAUAUAUAUAUAAAUAUAUAUAUUAUUUUCUGGCAUUACAACUGUGGCAUAAUUCCAGCUUGUGUUUGAUCAUCACAUUCAAAGGAAAAAAGUGGAGGAAUGUGCACUUGAUGGAGAGAGCGCCUUCAGUGUACUGUUUAUAUUACUUUUUUAAAAAUAUCAACUUGCUACAUAGACUUUAUACCUUUUGUUAAAUACAGUUCACGAUGGCAUAAAACCAGUACUUAAGUCAUUUUCAUUUACUAACAACAAAUGCUAAGCUCUGGUUCCAAAAGUCCUUAUCUCCUCUUGGCCAGAUAGAAAGCACCACAAUUUUUUUUAGCUAUUUGUAUGUCAUUUGAAAAUGUACUGCUUUAUGCUAAAGGUGUUUUCAUUUGUUCAUUGUUUUCAUUAUUUGUGAUCAUGUUGUCUUUCAAUACAGGCAUAAACCUUCCACUCUUGAACAAAGCAGCUGCUUUUUAAAAGCGGUAAUUGCUUCUUUACCUUUUAUUUCUUUUGUAAAUGAAACUUUAAGAAAUGUGACUUUAAAGUGUUGUCUCUUGCAUAAAAUAGUUGACAUUCACUUAUUGUAAAGUGAAGAUUGUUCUGCUGCAUGUAAAGUGGACCAUGCAGAUUUCUGUAUGUUUUCGGUAUGCAUCAUUAGAUAAUAAAGUCUUUUGUGAACAAGGCAUUGGUAGCCCUUUUUAAAAGAUUUUUGUCUCCGGCGUUGCCGACUCAGGUAAACCAUAAGAAGAACUUUCCUUUUUAAUAGUCCUUUAAUUAAAACAAUUACUAAAAGAUGUGAUCCCCUGAAAGAUUUUAGACUAUUAAUAAUUGACAAUUCAAUGUAAAUAUUGUCCCAAGCCCCCUGCAGAUAUUGUCUGCUUUCAUUGUUAAGAAAUUUAUUCCUGUAGGUUAUUGAAUUAGAUGCAGGUUUUAACUAAUGUUUGUGCUGUUUUUCUUACUUUUCCUUUUUGAUGGUGCUGAGAGAGACAAAGGAAAGCAAGUCACAGGCCACUCAACGCCUACUCCAGGGGGUCUGGUUUGCUGAGACACCAUCUUCACCUUCCUAACAAGGUUAUUUCUGACAGCAUGUGUAGAUAAACAUUUAGCAACAACUUUAAAAAUAGUUUGUUCAUCAUGAAGAUACCCAACUGAAUCAAUUGUUUGCCAGCCCAAUCUUUUUUAUUAAAAGCAGUUCAUACAACAGAUGAUUCGUGUAUGUUGCCUAGCUAAAACUUAGAUGCUUUAUAAUAUUCUGAAGUUUAUAAGGAUUUUUAAAAUCCAUAAAAGGCAUGUACUUAAAACGAA